AUUAGUUUUGACUAGCAUGGCUACUUCCAUAUACAAAAUUCGUGAUCGCCGUCCAAAUCCUUUUAAAGAUGAAGUCAGAGAUUUUACCUUUGCAGAAACUCUUUCCCCUAGGGAGGGAAAGUAUAUGGUUAAGGCAGUAGGAAAAAUUCUUUUAGAAAUUCAAAAUAUUCUUGAAAAGCCGGAGCAAAGCUCGGUCGAUAGCCCCCCACCUUGUUGGCAGAGGGACAAAAGCACUUCUAAAAGCAGCAAAAGACUAAAAUAUCAGUCUUCGCAGGCUUUGAGUGACGACGAGGUUAAUGAACCAACAAAGGAUAUUAACCGCUGAGCUGACAAAACCUACCAUAGACGAGAACUGGAUCAGGUAGUUUCCAAAAUAAAGAAGCCAGUAGGUUGGUCUAAUGGCUCUUUGAAAUUGAAGGAUCUUCCAUCUAGUAGAUUCCCUGUGGUUAGUGGAUCAAAGUUCCACUGUCCUGAUCUCCUCUCUCCUUCCUUCAAUGGGGUCUCCCUUCUAGGGAAUGUUUAUAGCGUCAGUAGGCUAAGCGUAAAAAUAAGUUCUUUUGUCUCUUCCUUCUAUAAGCAUUACUCCAUCGUAUCUUACUCCUCGUUUAUUCUGUCUCUUAUCUAUAUUGACAGAUUUCUAAAGUCUCAAAAGAUCAACAACUUUAUGGAAUUGACAAAGUUCAGCAUCACAAGACUGUUCCUGGUAGGAAUUAUAGUGGCAAUGAAGUACCACGAGGAGUACUACAUUGAAAACAACUACUUCUUCAAGCACGCGUCCAAAUACUGCAGUAUUUUUGAUGUAAAGGAGCUUAAUGAGCUCGAGAGAAUCUUUCUCAAAACUAUUGAUUACAGACUGAAAGUUAGCCAAAAAGAACUCAACAAAUAUCUCAAUUCUGUCUAUGAAAAGUCUCAAGAACUGCAAUGCAAGCAGUUCAGAGUGUAUGUCAGUAGGUUUGAGAUCAAACAUGACUAUUUUGAGCUAGAGGAGGAAAACACUAAGGAGUCUAUUGAGUUUGAUGAAGUCCAAAAUAUGAACUGAACAUAUCCAAUAAAUAAACUUCAAACAUACUCUAAAAGGCCUCAGAUCAUCCUUAAUAACAGAUUGUUUAAUGGCUAUGAAGAGAUCUACAAGUUCUUCCAUCUUGAGAUGGUGUGUGAUGAUAAGAAAAGUAUUUCCCAGAGAGGAUCUCUCUCUACCUCUGAGGAAUCCAGAGAGAACUUUCUUAUAUUUAACUAA